CAAAUUCAAAAGUGUUAAAAUUCCAGUGUUAGUGUUGCUAGUUAAAAAUACAGUGUCAGUUCAACACUUGUUUAGUUUAAUUCAACUACCUGAGAGUUAGUCCCUCAAAAGAGUUGGUGAUAAUACACAGAGUUACAUUUAAACAACUCUGUAAAGUGUUGAUUUUAAAAUCAACACUUAAUAGAGUAACUCCCAGCAUUCCAACGUAUCUGUGACGUGUUUGCCUAAAGAGCGGGACGGAUAGAGCGGCUGCAGCGGAGCACAACUGUCUUUUCCCUUGUACAAAUGAGGAUCUUUGUGCGCUUAAAUGAAUGUCGGCACGUUUAAUUAAUAACACUUCUAUGCAAUAGUAUUUUAUUUGUGACAACAAUAGGUGUCGCUGAAACCUGUCUGCAGCUAACAUCGCGGCAAGGUAAGUUAGCAUGAUUGUUGUAUGCUAUUUGUCGCUUUUGCACACAAGUGUCGAUAAAUAUACAAACAUAUGUGUAACCUACAUGAAUACACAUUUGUUUAACAUGCUACAUUUGCACAGCUGCACAUUUUGUAAGGGGUCAGAGUUUGCUAAAGUGAUGUAACACGUGCAUGGCAGGUUAACCAAAUAUUUCCCAGAAAAAAAUCUGAAGGCCACUUGUCAUUUCGACAAUCAAAUCCAUGUCAAGUUGGUGAGGAGUGCAAUUAGCUUUGAUCUAGUCUUGUCGAAUGGUUGUUGGCAUUACAUGGAGCGGGGGUGGGGGUUCGGUUGAGCUGCUGCUGCUUGCCCGAGACAGCUGCUGCAGACUUCCUGCUGUAUUCUUCCACCGGAGGAACACCUCCACACACCGGGCCACCACACCAGCCACGCCAAGCAUUGCUUCGUUUAAAACAUUUUAAGUUUAAAAAACGCUAACUUUUCAAGCUAACGUUACCGCAGCCACACAUGCUGGUGAAUACCACUUACGUAGCUGUGCAUCUUAACGUCGCUGCCACGUUUAUGUCUCAGGGCGACGUUAUUUUGCUAAGCUAACGGAGCAUAGUUGAUAGUGUACCGCUGUUUACGGGUAAGUGUGGGUGUUUAUAGCAGAAUAACUAGCGAGCCGUCAUUCUAGCAAGCAGGCCAAGCUUCAGUAGCACGUCACUGUGCUGGUGGCUCCCAUCGUCCAGGUAGCAAGUAAUGCUAAAACUUAAAACGAAUACUCAGAGUCUAGUAAAGCUAGGCAAAAUGUUCCUGCCUCUACACAUCCAUGGUGAUCAUAGUGUAAAUGAUGGCACAGUGUGGAUGUCUUUUGUCCUUUUUUCUUCAUAGUGCAUCAUGUUGGUUAAGGUGCGAUUUGGUGAAACACAGAAGUAUGUCAGAGUGGCUGAGACUGAAGAUGGCUAUGAUGAUUUCAACACAUUUCUUCAAAAAGUUAUUCAAAAGUUAGAUCUUCCACUUGAGACUGAGCUGCACUUGACAGAUGAAUCAGGGACAGAAGUUGAUGCAGAUGUGUUUGAGGAGCUCUUGCAGGCAGGGAACCUCACUGUUAGGGUGGCAUUGGAAAAGUCAACAGUUGUACUUCAGCAUGAUCUUUCAUAUACUUCGCUGGAGUCACCCAUGUCAGACAGCUCAUCUGGGUCAGUGUCAGGAGUGUCCUCGCUAGCAUCCUCUGAUUCAUCAGAUGCAACAGUGAUUGUUCAUACAAACGGAGGGAGGAGAACCCAUGCUGAACGGGAAUCAGCAAAAGAGAUGGUGAGAAAUGCUCUGAAGGCUAAACCAGGUGGACAGUUUAUUUUGGAUGAAUAUGACAAAAUGAAAACAUUGAUGGAUAGCACAAGGAGAAAGUUGGUAAACCUUCUUGUGGCCAACAUGGUUGAAAUUCAUGGGAGGAGCCCACCCAUCUCUGUUCGAAGUACAUGUGCUCUAGGCAUCAUCUCUCUAUUUCCCAGCCUCAGAGAUCCAUAUUCGGACAAGGGAUAUGAACACUUCUAUGACCCAGAGAGUGGAUCUGGCUACUUGGCCUGGAGGAUAAAGACUGUUCAGCGCAACACUGCAGCUCAGCCCCAGAGAUGCUCCACAAGCACAACCUAUCAAGAUAGUCCAAAGAGAAAGAGGGAUGUUCUCUGCACUGAUAAGCAGCUGCUUGGUGAGCACUGUCAUGAAGCAAUAUCCUUUUUGAAACAUUCAACUGAUGAAUCAGCCAUCAAAGAGCGAAUGAGGGCCACAUUUCAGUACCGUCAAACACUGGUUCAAGAUCAGCAGUGCUCUUCGACAGUCUUUGACAUCUUCCCACGAUUCCUCGACAUCACUGGCUUGAUUGAACAAGACUUCACCAUGAUGUUUGGAGAGGAAGUGUCGGGCAGAUUUUUGGCAAAAUGGCCUACCUUUUUCAAGCCUAGAAUCCUGGCAGACUGCAAAAAACUGACUUCUAAUGAGCACAUUGAAGAACUCAUGUCAUUGCAGCAUGACUCAGGCUGGGACAGUGAUCUGUCCAGCAUUCUUCUGUUGGUUCACCUGCUUCCUCCCACCCCCAAAGGCCACAAGAAGAGUGCUAAAAUCAGCCCAUGCCAGGCUGUUGACCAUGUUGUGAGAUAUUUGCAGAUGGGAGCCAGUGUUGAAACCUUCCUUGCUGGUGUGGAGCCGGGCCAGCCCUUCCUCCUUGGUGUUGGUGAAAAGAAGAGCAGCAUCCAAAGAUACUAUGUCAUCAUUGAUCACAAGGCCAUCCCUUGCAAGGCACAGACAUCCCUUGCAGCUUUCGAUGAGCUCUUCAAAGCACACUUCAUCUUCAGCGUCAGUUACCAUGAAUCCCUCUACAACUUCUAUACGUUCAUCCAAACCACAGUUUUUAACAUUGACAUCGGAAAGGCUAAGGAAACUCCCAGAGUCAAGGAACUAAGAGCAAGAUUUUUUCAUGAUGCUUGAGGGGAUAAAUAUCCAUGGAUGCAAAUAUUUUUCUUUGUUAUGUCUGUAAGGCAUGCCACAAAAGUUCUGCACUGCUUUGUCAGCAUUUAAGACUUCACCAUGGUCUAUAUCCUGGAAAGACAUUACGCUUAAAAUGUGGACAGCCAGGAUGUUCUUCUUUGUUUUGCACUUAUUCAGGUUUCAAGAAGCAUCUUGUUCAUUUCCACAGAGAUGUUGCUGUGACUAAUACUGCUGACAAUGUGGACACUCAGAAUGAAGUUGAUGAGCCCUCAACUUCACAGACAGUCACCAAAGCCUCUCCAACAACUACCCAGCUCUCUGUUGACAAUGAUCAUGUGUUAAACAUGUGUGCUUCUGUUGUAGCACAGUUGCAAGCAUCUGGUGUUGCUGAGAGCACAGUCCAAGCAAUGGUGGGAUCCAUGGAGGACCUUGUAAAUGACAUUAAUAGACAAGCAAGAGAGGCAGUUCUCAGCUGUUCUUCAGAAAUUCAAGGUACGGAUUUGGAAAAGAAGGUGGAAAAGUGCUUUGAUCAACUAGGAAAUCCUUUCUCAUCCUUGAACACAAGAGUAAAACGUCAGAAGUUCUUUGAGGACAAAUGGGAAAUUGUUGAGCCUGUCGAAUAUGUUCUUGGGGUGCGAUUUGAUGUUCGCAGAGAUCAAACAACUGGCGUUUACUGUCAGGUCCCUGUAACAGAUAAAUUUGUGUACACACCCAUCCUGGGAACUCUUAAGUCAAUGUUCAAGAACACUGAAUUAUGUGAAAGUUUCUUCCAAGCCAAACAUCACGAAGAAGGCAUUUAUAAAGACAUAUGUGAUGGUUCAUACUUCAAGAGUAACAUUUUGUUUUCUCAGAAA